AGUAGUGGUUGAACCGAGUAACCAUUUGAUCUUUCUCGUCCUCCCUCGUCCCAUUUUCAUAUUCCACGAAAAACUACUUCCUCCCAGUCCCAUUUCUCUCCAUUAUCGAGCUCUUCCAUUGCUUUGCUCAAGUUCAUCGACUCGUCUUUACUUGAAAAACGAAAUUUUUAUAGAACUUCAUUGAUUCGUCUUUGCUACGGAAAAUAAAUUUUAAGUUGGUUGAUUUUUUUUAAUUAUAGUUCGGUUGUUAUUGAACCCAAAAAUUCAAAAGAUGAACGAUCUGUUUUCAGGGUCUUUUUCUCUCUUUAGAAGCGAGAGUGCGUCGCCUGAUAACCGCCACCACUCCGUCCAAAUGUCCGAAGCACCGUCAACCGGCGGCGUCAACCUCGACAAGUUCUUUGAGGAUGUCGAGUCCGUCAAAGACGACCUGAAAGAGCUCGACCGUCUCUACACCAAUCUCCAAUCCUCUCACGAACAGAGCAAGACUCUUCACAACGCGAAAGCCGUCAAAGACUUGCGUUCUCGGAUGGACGCUGACGUCAGCUCGGCUUUGAAGAAGGCGAAGCUGAUCAAGGUCCGUUUAGAGGCCCUGGACCGGUCCAACGCCGCCAACCGGAGCCUUCCAGAAUGCGGACCUGGAUCGUCGUCGGACCGGACGAGGACGUCGGUGGUCAACGGAUUGAGGAAGAAGUUGCAGGACUCGAUGGAGAGUUUUAUCGAGUUAAGAGAAAAGAUUUCCGGCGAGUACAGAGAGACUGUCCAGAGGCGGUACUUUACGGUCACCGGAGAGAAUCCUGAUGAAAAGGUUCUGGACCGUUUGAUCUCAACAGGAGAGAGUGAAACAUUCUUGCAAAAGGCAAUUCAAGAGCAAGGCAGAGGCAGAAUUUUGGACACUAUAAAUGAAAUUCAAGAGAGGCAUGACGCUGUGAAAGAGAUGGAAAAAAAUCUGCAGGAGCUGCACCAGGUGUUCCUGGACAUGGCUGUGUUGGUGCAAGCUCAAGGAGAACAAUUAGACGACAUUGAAAGCCAGGUGGCGAGAGCUAAUUCAUUUGUUCGUGGCGGUACUGAGCGAUUGCAGACGGCAAGAAAACACCAGAAAAAUACCAGGAAAUGGACUUGUUAUGCCAUCAUCCUUUUGCUGGUAAUCAUCUUAUUUGUUGUUUUGUUUACUGUGAAGCCGUGGGAAAUAAAUAAUAAUAACGGUAGCAGUAACAAUGCCGGGACAGCGGUACAAACUUCACCCUCGUCGCCGCCACCACCUGUUUAACCCUGAGAUUGAUAUGUUCAUGGUAGAUUCAAGGCAUACGAGAUGAGAUUACACCGCAUCUUUGAGUUUUUUUAAUUGAUUUAAUUUUUUUAGUCAUUUGGGCAGUUGGGUUUGUGAAAUAUAUUUGCUUUGAUUGAAUUUAGAUUCUAUAUUGUAUCUAUAUAAUACAUAUUAUUGUCGGAUUAGCAUUAUCAUUUC